UCUCCUUUCCCCGGAAGUAGAGAUCAAGGAAGUAGUGCGUAAGUGACAGCGAGAGUAGAAACCCUGUCGUGCUGUGGAGCCUGUGGUUGGUACUGCGCAUGUGCAGCCAGCGAAGUUGAGAUUGGCUGUGCAAUGAACCCCCACUUAGGAAAAAAGAUCUUCAAAGGAAUUGUAUUUAUGGAACUUCUUGGCGUUUUUGGUGCAUAUGGGCUAUAUUUCAAAAUGGACAGAAGUCAAGAUUUCAGGCAAAAAAUGAACAGGAGAUUUCCUUCUAUCUUGGAAGUUUAUUACAAAUGUAAUGAGUGGUCUGGUAUUUAUGGAAUAAGGGAGAGAGAUCAAGAGACGUGGUUAAGCAACAAAAACUAGAUAGCCAAGACUCAGUCAAGGAAGCCAUUUCUAAUACUAGGGAUGAAUUUCUCUCCACAAAGACAUCCACACCACAAAUCCCAAAUUCCUUUCUUUCCAUUCAUUUGUCUCCAUCUCAGAAACAUCCCUGGCUAUGCUUCACUGCUAUAAACACUGUCCUAUUGACUAAAUUCCAAGUUCUCAUUUAACCAUGCUUUAAUAUGCCUAUAUUAGAACAGUCCUGGGCUCUAAACAAAACUCUUCCCCACUGAUUUCACUGCUGUCUGCUAUAGCACCUGCCCCUUUCUAGACUUUGCUCCAGGCAAAUCCUGUCGAUUAUCUGAUAGAACCCUAUGGUAAAUAUAUGUCUUAAAAAAGCAUACUUAAGAGUUUGAAUUCAAAGCUUAAGAAGGUGAGCAAUUUUAAUUUUGAAGUAUUUGUUUUUUACCUGG